AUGUCAUCCAUAAUAACCACAGUAGAAGUCAACCACACUAUCGCUUUAAUCGGGACAUCGAGGGGGCAUCUACUCAAGGUUCAUGUGGAAAGUAACACUACCAGCCGACUUUAUGAACGCAUUAGCGUUGACACCAGUCCUGUUCUGCCAGAUGUCAAGGUUAAUGAAUCAACAGGUGUAAUAUUUCUCUUGACAGAACAAAAGUUGGUGAAGCUUCGCGUUGAGAAUUGUGGCCAAUACACUACAUGCGAAACGUGUAUUGGGACUGAUGCAGGGAAUGAUGGAGACCCAUAUUGUGGAUGGUGCACUCUGGAACGAAGAUGUACGAGAUAUUACGACUGUCCAUCACCAGAUGUAUCUACUCGAUGGUUGGCCUACAAUGCUGCUCAGUGCAUUCAUAUUACCGAUGUAGCGCCCUAUGAUAACCUACCAAUAACAGUCACUGAGCAACAGAUCACCCUGACUGUGCAGCAGUUACCUGAUCUAGGGACAGGCCAGAGUUAUGAAUGUUAUUUCGGGUCAUUUGAAUCUCCAGCUACGAAGAAUGGUGAAGUACUAGAGUGUACGUCACCUCCUAGUGAUGGGAUACCUACCAUUCCACAAGGAGAUGAUGCAGUAAGAGUAGUUUCGAGUGUUGAGUCAUCUGAAACUUCAGUUCAAUUCAUAGACACCGACUUCUACUUCUACGAGUGUUCAACUCACACUUCAUGUGUAUCCUGCGUUGGUAGUCGCUGGGCCUGCGAUUGGUGCGUGUUUGAGAACAGAUGUACUCAUGAUAGCUCCACAUGCACACGUGCUAAUGAAAUCAUCAUUACUGGAAAUAACAAUCCAACUGCCUCUGCAGUCAAAGGACCUGCGAUUUGCCCUCAGCUGCUGAACCAGACUGCUGAAGUUCUGCUUCCUAAUACCAUUAUGAGGAACAUCACUGUCAUUACUACAAACCUGCCAGACGAAGCUGGGAUUUCUAGCUAUCAGUGCAGCUUAGAUGUUGAGGGAUCGCCACAGGUUGUUAAUGCAGAACGCAAUGGAAUUAGGAUCACAUGCCAAGCUAAGGCUUACACAUACCUCUCCAAUGAUGAACCAGAGCUGGAAGUGAGACUGUCUGUUUUAUGGUCUGACACAAACGGUUUUGCGCACAUCCUAGAUGACAUACAUGGAUUUGACGUAACAUUGUACAAGUGUGAAGUCCAGAAGCCAGACUGCAGCCGUUGUGUUACAGCCCGCCCAGCGCUCAAAUGUGUUUGGUGUGGUGCCAUGCCGAGCGAGUCUGGUGUUUGCAAACUGAAUGAAAUUUGCAGUGAAAAUAGGGUGACUUUGGAUAACAGAUUGAACUGCCCUGAUCCAGUUCUGAGUGAGGUAUUUCCCUUGACUGGGCCCAUUGAAGGCAACACAGUCAUAGAUGUGAUGGGAACUGAUAUCGGUCGGAGAUCGAGUGAUGUUGUGAGGGUGAUGGUUGGCGAUCAACCAUGUGAUCUGGCUGGAUUAAGCUCAGACUACCAACUCGGAUCAAGUGUCAGCUGCAGAACGAGAGCAGAAAGUGAAGGAGCCGAGUUGGUUACUUUGACAGUCACGGGUGCAGAUGGUACAAUGCAACGGAGCUCAGGAACAGUCAACUUUAACUUCAAAGACCCAGCUAUUACACAUGUCCAACCCCGCCUUGGCCCAGAAGACGGUGGGACGGUAGUAAGUGUGAAUGGUACAGCCCUCAACACAGGACGCGAUAUUGAAGCGUUCAUCGGCGACAAUCCUUGCAACAUAAAAGGCAAACCGGUUGAAUCCAUGCUAGAAUGCACAACCACUGCUGACCAAGUUGGAUAUCAAGGUAUAGUGAAAGUCUCCUUCGAUGGGGCCAUGAGAACCUCAUCAGAUAUGUACACGUACACUGAGAAUCCCACCAUUACUGAGGUGUCUCCUCUGAAAAGCAUCGUUUCGGGUGGUCGAAUUGUGACGGUUACUGGCACUUUUCUACACACAAGUAGAAACCGUCAAAUCGUUGUCAUCAAUGCAAAUGAGGAAUGUCAAGGUGAAUCUGUAACAGAGAUGCGGUGCCCGUCUCCUAACAUAACAGACCUCAACAUAAGCAAUGACAACCUGACCUUUGGCUUCAUCAUGGAUGGGGUCACUCAACUGUUGACAUGGUCUCAGGAUAACGAUGCCAGCUUGGAGUACUUUGAGGAUCCAAUGUAUAACAAAUUUGAAGGUGGUAUGAAGGACAAAGAAGGAGAAACCUUGACAAUCACGGGCGAGCGGAUUGACAGCGCCAUCACAGAGGGAGAAAUCAUCGUGAAGAUCGGCGUAGAGAGCUGUCCCGUUAGCCUGAUCGCUGAUUCAGCACUCGUAUGUGAAUUGCCCGAGGAGGCACCAGCAGCCGGUGACUACAUGGGAGAAGAUACCGGGAAAGGUCUGCCUGUGGUAUGGGUUCGCCACAAUAACUUAAAAUUUAGGUUGGGCUAUUUGGUCUAUCCCAGUACGGUGCCACUUGUCGCUAUACUUGUACCGAGUUUGGUCAUUCCACUCUCCAUGGCGAUACUGCUCGCUGCUACCUUCGUGUAUUGCAAACAAUUGCAAAGGAAGCGUACCCACGACAGAAGACUAUUGGGCAGGAUAGUGGCGAUUCAUCUCGAAAUUGAUUCCCACGUCAAGAGACGCAGGUGGUAUAGAUCCCAGAAACAGUCGGAAUCUGCUCAGCCAAAACAAAAGCGCAUUGUCCUGAACAACAAGGUCAGCUUCGUUCCCGACGACAUUCAUAUCGACUUCAGCCAACUGGAAUUGGGGGAAACUCUCGGACAAGGUGCAUUUGGGCGUGUACUGAAAGCUGUUCUACACGAUACGUCAGGGGAAGAUCAAAUUGUGGCCGUAAAGACAGUGCAAGACACCUCGGACCCGAAAAAUGUGGUGAAGUUCCUGGAGGAAGGCCUGAUCAUGAAAACCUUCGACCAUGUCAACGCACUGGGGCUUCUGGGGUUGACCUUUGACGCGGUCAAAAACCCCUUGGUGGUGAUACCCUUCAUGGCAAACGGUGACCUCAAGACAUAUCUGGUCAAGAAGAAACAGACCUUGGCGACAUCUCUGCUGAUGAGGUUUGCCUCACAUGCCGCACUCGGUAUGAGUUACUUGGCUCAGCACAAGUUUGUCCACAGAGAUCUUGCGGCCAGAAAUUGCAUGGUGAACAGUGAUCUUCUGGUGAAGAUAGCGGAUUUUGGUCUAUCCCGUGACAUGCACGAAUCGGAUUACUACACAAGCGGUGAUGCCCAGGCUAAGCUGCCUAUCAAAUGGAUGGCUCCCGAGUCCAUGGAACGUCGAGUGUACAACGCCAGGACUGACGUGUGGUCAUAUGGUGUGCUCCUGUGGGAGAUUUUCAGUACGGGUGCCAAACCGUAUCCAGGAAUACCCAACCAAGAUGUGUAUGAUUUCUUGAAGAGAGGUCAACGCAUGGAUGCUCCCCAGAACUGCCCGCCAGAAAUCUACGGCAUAAUGGUACGUUGCUGGCAGGACAACCCCAAAUCGCGUUGCACCUUCGUCCAAGUUGCCAACGAGCUGGAAGAACUGUUGGAGGGAGACCGUGACUACGUAGCAGCUCCUAGUGCGGGUGUGGUUGGUAAGCGACCCAUCGAACAUCGCGAAGAACCUGGUGCCACAGACGACAGCUAUCUGGUCCCGAUGCAGCAGGAGACCGCCUUUGGUGCUGACGGCCCGUGUAGUGACGGAGAAACCAGCGGGAGCCAUGCGACCGCCGCCCAUGAUCCCUUGGAUUAUGUCAAUAAAAUUGUCAUUAGAUAA